AUGCUGUUGUAUAAAACUGUGCGUCAAGUUUCAGUGGCACUGAGAGACGUAAGAAAUACAGUUAUUCCGGCAACGGCUACCAGCGGGUCCAUACCAACUGUAGUUUACACUAAUGUGAGGUUACCUAAAUUGGAAAUUCAACCAUUCCACGGUAACUAUUUGGAGUGGGCUACAUUUAAAGACUCGUUUGAAGCAGCAGUUCAUUCCAAUGCGAGUGUCUCGAAAGUGGAGAAAUUUACUUACCUCAAAGCGUUACUGAAGGGAGAAGCUGGCCGCUAUACUGCUGAUUUACCCCUGACAGAUGCACAUUACGAUCAGGCUUGGAAGCAAUUACAUGAUCGGUACGAAAACAAGCGUAUGAUUGCCUUUGCUACCUUGGAUAAGUUUUGCUCUCAGCCAAAAGCAACAGCAACGUCAAAAUCCGUCAAAGACCUUAUCGAUGCCGCAAAUAGAUGUAUCAGAUCCAUGGAGCUUCUUCAUUGUAAUCUGGAUGUACAUGCAGAACAAUUUUACAUCUAUCACAUCGCAAGCAAACUUGAUCCUGCUGCAAAAGACUUGUGGGAGCAUAGUCUUAAGGACAAUGACAUAAUCAAAUUGGCGGACCUAAUUUCAUUUUUAGAACGGCAUGCCAUGGCUUUCUGGGAAAUAGAAAAAUUACAGGACUCACAACUGCUCAGUGCUGAGGAAAAACGGUGUGAGGACCAUUUUAAAAAUACUGUUCAAAGAACCAAAGAGGGUGAGUUCAUUGUGAAAUACCCAUUUAAAACUCCUAAAGUGCAGUUGGGAGAAUCAUUAAAUAUUGCAAUUAAUCGUUUCAAGCAAGUGGAACGGCGACUCCAUAAAAAUGAACACUAUGUUACAGAAUACAAAAAGUUCAUGGAUGACUACAUAAAAUUGGGGCAUAUGAUAGAAGUGCCACCACCAAACAAAGAUAGCAACUUUAGAUGCUAUUUACCACACCAUUUUGUGUUAAAAGAAUCAUCUACCACGACGAAAUUUCGCGUAGUAUUUGACGCAUCAGCCAAAACGUCUAACGGCCUCUCAUUGAAUGAUACAAUGAUGGUUGGACCUACUGUUCAAGACACAUUAGCAAACUUAAUAAUGAGAUUCCGAAAGCAUAAAAUUGCAAUAAAUGCUGAUAUUGAAAAGAUGUACAGACAGAUUCUUGUAUCGAGUGAUGAUCAAGAGUUUCAACAUAUUGUGUGGAGGGAAUCGCCAGAUCAACCAUUUAAACAUUAUAAAUUAUUAACAAUUACUUAUGGCACGGCUGCUGGUCCGUAUUUAGCUACUCGUGUGCUAAGCGAGUUAGCAAACCAAGUUGAUGUUACAAUUGCAUCACAAGUGUUACAAGAAGAUUUCUACAUGGAUGAUUUAUUGUCUGGAGCUGACACAGAAGAGAAUGCGGUAAAACUUCAGCACGAAAUCAUUGAACUAUUGAAACGUUGCGGAAUGUCAAUCAGAAAAUUUACUUCCAAUUCCGAAAAAGUUCUUCUGUCUAUUCCUGAAGAUCUGACAGAAACAAAAUCUCUGACAUUUGAUAAAGACGCAACUGUAAAAACACUUGGAAUCUAUUGGAACCCAGCUCAAGAUUGUUUUGGAUUUAGAGCUGAUAUAUUUGGUAAUGUUAAAGUAGGUUCAUUAACAAAACGAGUGAUUCUAUCUGAAAUUUCGAAAUUAUUCGAUCCCAUUGGUUGGUGCGCACCCAUUAUAAUUAGUGCAAAAAUUUUAAUGCAAUCAAUUUGGAAAGCAAAUUUGAACUGGGAUGAUUUAGUGCCAAUAACAAUUCAACAAAAAGCGCAAGUUGGUCACUCAGGAAAAAAUCAACAGACAUAUUUGGUAGGAUUCAGCGAUGCGUCUGAACAAGCGUAUUCAGCUGUAGUUUAUUUGGUGUAUUAUGAUGAGCAAGGAAACGGAUUAUCAUAUCUGGUAUCCUCAAAGACUAGAGUAGCGCCAGUAAAGCAACAAUCGUUACCAAGGUUGGAACUUUGUGGAGCACUACUGUUAGCAGAAUUUAUGCCGUUAGUUGCAAAGGCUUUGAAAAUGAACUUUACUGAUAUGGUGGCCUAUACAGAUUCAACACUAACUCUUGGAUGGAUUAGGUCUGAACCGUAUAAGUAUAAAACCUUUGUUGCAAAUAGAAUUACCAAAAUUCAAGAAUUAAUUCCGGGAGAUAAAUGGGGAUUCGUUCGUGGAAUUGAUAACCCAGCUGAUUGUACAUCUCGUGGAAUAAGUGUACAAGAAUUUAUUAACCAUCCAUUAUGGUGGAACGGGCCGUCUUGGUUGAAUGAGAAACCACCUGUACCAAAUUUAACAAGUUAA